AUGGGUCUGUCUGGCUGUGUCUUAGGAGGAGCCCCGCCAAUUGCAGCAUCUCGUGCUUCCAACCUCAUUCCCAGCAGCUUCUUCCGCGGCACGGCGCCAUUGCAGUUCACGAUGCCGGCCUACAACUCCGACUUCAAUUCCGACCCGAACCCUCCUCGCCUCAUCGGCAACUUCCCUCUCCUGCCUCUCCGCACAAAGACCCGCGGUCCCGCCUACGUCCUGCCCUUCCCGUCACCGCCGCUGCCCGCCUACGAGUCCCCCGAGAUCGAGAGCGAGAGCUACGACAUUCUCGACGAGGUCCUCCGCCUCUUCCGCGCAAACACCUUCUUCCGCAACUUUGAGAUCAAGGGCCCUGCCGACCGCCUGCUCGUCUACGGGAUCUGGUUCGUGAGCGACUGCCUGACCAAGAUUAAGCCCAAUGCCAUUGCCCGCGAUGCCGCCAAGGAGGUCAACAACCUGGCUCUGGAUCUCAACUUUGCCAUUCCCGGAGACCCAGCAUUCCCUCUGAACCAGAUGUACGAGCCUCCUCGGGACAGACAGGACGCAGAGCAGCUCAAGCUGUACAUGGCGCAGGUCCGCCAGGAGCUUGCCACCCGGUUACUGGCUAGAGUGUACGAGGAAGACGAGACUAAGCCGAGCAAGUGGUGGUUGAGCUUCACGAAGAGAAAGUUUAUGGGCAAGUCGUUGUAG